GUUGCAGGUUAAGAAAACUAGAGAGAGAAACAGGAUCGGUUUUAACGAACCUCUGUUUUUCCACACACACACUAUUACACGCACAAAACGCACAUACACACACGCGCCGGAAUUCAAUUCUCUUAUCGGAGGACCACUUCCUACUGAUUCCGUAUCAGUUUCUUGGCGGUUUUGAUUCUCCUUCUUCAACUGUGCUCAUAAUUUCUGGCUAUUAAAUGUUGGAGCUGCCAUUAUUUUGCAGUUGAUGGCCUGCCAAAUGGAUAUAACGACGUUGCAUUCUAUGUCUCUCGUUGUUAAUGAAAGAUUCGAGAGACCAGGAUUGUUUUUCAGGCAUAGUUGUGGCGGUCUGAAUUAUGCUCAUAAUUUCUCUAGACAUACACCAAAUAAACUUGGUUUAACUUCAAGAAAGAGACAAGGAUUGAAAAUAGCAUUUGCGUUGAACACCGAUGGAUUUACAGCCAACAACAACCAAGACAACCUGAAUCAAAACAACUCCGGUGGUCUAGGCGAAACUCGUUUGGGCAGAAUAGUCGGUGCUGGUGGCAGACAGCUACUGAGUAAACUAAACUCCGCUCGGAAGAACUUUCCUAUGAAGGUAUUUCUACUGCUCCUAGGUUUCUACACCGCUAAUGCUCUAGCCACAAUCCUCGGCCAAACAGGUGAUUGGGAUGUACUUGUGGCCGGAAUCGUAGUUGCCGCCAUUGAAGGCAUUGGAAUGCUUGUCUACAAAAAGCCCCUCUCUAGCAGCAGAUUGCAGUCUUUGGUGGUGAUGGUAAAUUAUUGGAAAGCCGGUGUUUGCUUAGGCUUAUUUGUCGAUGCAUUCAAAUUAGGUAGUUGACUUUUUUUCUAUAUAUAACCUUUGACUACUGUCUCGAGUUUGACUUGAUACCUGAAGGGCAUUACGGUCGUUUGUUAUUGUUGUCUCGUUUCCUCCAUCCGAACGAAAGUGUGUGUGUGUGUGGGAGGAUUGUUUUGUAAAUCGUGUAGGAGCUCUGUUGAUAGGAAAAGGCGAAAAUGUGUCGGUUUCUAUAACAUUUUAAUCAUUGAAAGAGUUUUUCUUGGCUUCCCUUU